GUUGAAAUAGCAGAGACCGUAAACUGGAGCUGACACCAUCCGACAAACCUUCAGAGCACUGCGUAGAGUGGAGCUGGUUUUCUAAAGAGGUGAUCAAAUCUCCUGCCCUGCGCCAAUAUGGUGACAUGGUUGCAAGAGCUGAGAACAUGGCAAUGGCUCAAGAAGGCAAGGCAAUCCAAGAAGAUGGUGCUGGUUAUUGUUUAUAUAGCCCUCUUUCUGGACUAUACUCUGCUAACUGUUGUUGUGCCCAUUAUCCCCAGUUAUUUGUAUGAAAAGCAUCAAGCCAAACUUAAUACUUCAGCACCACUGGAGCUGCCACCUACACCUGCCCCCCUCGUUCCCCAUUCCAAUGAGACGGAUCUUGCCCUUGGAAAGAUUGAGAAUGAAGGUUUGGAAUGGGGGAACACUACACAGGGAAUCGCUCUCGACUCAAAGCCAGCUACUGAAGCAGCCCGGUGCAACAGGAAUGAAUCGUUUCUUGCGGAGGAAAAUGUCCACAUUGGAUUGUUGUUUGCUUCCAAGGCCAUUGUUCAGCUCCUGGUAAAUCCGUUUGUGGGGGUACUGACUAACAGAAUUGGAUAUCAUACUCCAAUGUUCACUGGCCUUGUGAUAUUGUUUGUGUCAACAAUAAUGUAUGCUUUCUCGAACACCUACAGCCAGCUAUUCUUCGCUCGAGCACUUCAAGGGAUCGGCUCGUCGUGUUCCUCUGUCGCAGGUCUGGGAAUGUUGGCCAGUAUUUAUACCGAUGACAAGGAAAGAGGCAAAGCCAUGGGAAUAGCACUGGGAGGUGUGGCAUUGGGGGUCCUCAUUGGGGCACCUUUUGGGAGUGUGAUGUACGAAUUCGUAGGAAGAUCAUCUCCUUUCCUGACUUUGGCUGCUUUGACUUUACUCAACGGAGUUCUCCAGCUCUGUGUUCUUCAGCCCGCCAUGCCUGCACCCGAGAAUCAGAAAGGCUCAUCACUCCUUACACUGCUAAGAGACCCCUACAUUCUGAUUGCUACUGGAUCCUUGUGUUUCUCGAACAUGGCCAUUGCUAUGCAGGAGCAGGCACUGCCGAUCUGGAUGAUGAAGACCAUGUGUUCACCCAAGCUGCAUCUGGGUCUGGUCUUCUUACCAUCCACCAUUGCCUACAUGCUGGGCACUAAUCUCUUCGGAGUCCUUGCCAACAAAAUGGGCAGGUGGCUGUGCUCCCUGACUGGAAUGGUGAUUUUGGGGAUCAGUAUGAUCUUACUUCCGUUUGCCACGAACAUUUUUGAGCUGAUAGCACCUGGCUCUGGAGCAGGCUUCUCAAUAGGGAUGAUCGAUUCUUCGAUGAUUCCCAUAAUGGGCCACCUGGUGGAUAUUCGACAUGUCUCAGUAUAUGGAAGCGUCUUUGCCAUCGCUGAUGUGGCCCUUUGUAUGGGAUUUGCUAUUGGGCCUUCACUUGGAGGUGCUGUAGUCAAAGCAAUUGGAUUCAAAUGGUUAAUGCUCAUCAUCGGAGUCAUCAACAUAUGCUAUUCUCCACUCUGUAUCAUCCUGAGGAAGCCACCGGUCAAUGAGGAGAAAAUGAUUAUUUUGAACCACGAUGAUGCAGCAAAUGCCAGUUUUUAUACUUCUGAGAGGUUUGGGCAAGAACUCCUGAGGACAGAAGCCAGCAAUAAAGAAAUGGGGAGCACAGGAUGAAUCCAGAACUGUGGGUGACAGACUGACAGUCAGACCAAGGCUGAAACAUUCUUCUGCCAUGGAUGCCAAUUAAACCGUGCCAGGGAGCUGUUCAAGUGACCAAUGUCUAUGACAGACCACAAUGUGGCUUCACAGAUAACCAUUUUACUUAAAAGAUAAUGAUAGUGGAACAGUCUAGUGAAAUAGUGCAAAGGACCAAAGCGCACAAACAGGUUGUAGCCUUAUCCUUCCCCAGAUCUCUUCAUCCAACCCCAUCAACUCCUCCUUCCACUCAUUUCCCUUCCAUUUGUUCAUCCAGAUUUAAUAAAAUGGCCUUAUACUAUUCACCUUAACCAAUUCCUAUGGUAGUAACCUCCAUAAUCUCUAAACUCUUCUUGCAGAAGAGUUUUUCUGAAGUUCUUUAUUUCUUUUUAUUUAGAGAUAUAGUACAGAAGAGGACCUUCCAGCCCUUCAAACCACGCCACCCAGUAACGCCCGAUUUAACCUGAGCCUAAUCACGGGACAAUUUACAAUGACCAAUUAACUGGUACAUCUUUGGACUGUGGGAGGGAGCCAGAGCACCCAGAGAAAACCUCAGCAUUCCAUCGGAAUUGAACUCUGAACUCCGUCAUGAGCCGAAAUGUUAUCGCGCUAACUGCUACGCCUCUGCGGCGCUCAUUUUGGUUCAUCGGUAAUGAUGAAAUUAACCCUGCUCCAGUUUAGGGCCAUAACCUGUGGACCUGGACCCCAAGAUCUCUCUGAUCCUCCAUACUGCCAAGCGUCUUACCAUUAAUACUAUACUCUGUCUUCAAAUUUGACCUACCAAAAUGAACCACUUCACAAUUAUCUGGGUUGAACUCCAUCUGCCACUUCUCAGCCCAGUUCUGCGUCUUAUUGAUGUCCCACUGUAACCUCUGACCCUCCUCCAGGCUACCCACAACACCCCCAACAUCAGCAAACUUAUUAACCCACCCUUCUACUUCUUCAUCCAACUCAUUUACAACAAUCACAAAGAGGAGGGUUCCCUUUGUUGGGCAUGUUUCACAAAUUCCUCCCCAUUCAAGACCAGUCAAUAACAGUCUCUAAAUGCCUGCUCCUCAAGUUCACGCUGACUAUUGGGAGGGUGGGGUGUCUAAAAUAAAGCCCAAUUAGAGUGACCCUCCACUUCUUGUUUCUGAGAUCUACCCAUAUUGGCUCACUGGUCAAUCCCCCAAGAACAUCACGUCACAUUGUCUAUCUAUCUUCCUCCCCGCCCAUCUCCCCCACCACUUUCCUUCUCUCCCUCUCCUCUCUCUCAGCUGGAAUUGGGGAAGAUGUACCUCACCACUAGUGGCACUAAAAACCUAGACUGUGCACUCUACCUUUGAAUUUGUUUCUAUGGACUUGCAGUGCGAAAGUGUGAAGAGCACAAACUGGCGGCUACAACUCUUUAGUUAUGACGCAGGGUGGCUUUCAGUGUGGUGUGUUAGACAUUGUGAUCCAAACCUUUCUGGAUUUAACUGCUGUGUAAAUAAACAUUGCAUCUGA